UAUUGUGAUUACCUCGUAAUAUAUAUAAAUGUUGACUCACUAUGUUGUACUCCUGAAACUAAGAUAAUAUUGUAUGUCAACUGCACUUCAAUAGCAAAAUGCAGACGUCUUUGUUUAAAAAAAAAAUGAUAGGAGGCUUGUCCUCUGCUGGGUGUUUACCCUGAACUGUGUGGAAGAGGUUAAAGAACUCUGGAUAUCCUGGCGAGCAGAACUUAGUGCCCAUUGUCAGUGCUGGCUCCAGCUCCCAAGCAACUGGUGUCUGAGCUUUAUCUCUCUCCACCGCCAGAGAAGAGAGCCACCCCUUACAUCUCUGUGUAGUCAGAUUGUCUUUAAAAGCAAACAAACCUCUGUUAUUUUCAUCAGCCUUGUCUACGGUCCACAUGUAGCUCACUUUCCAUCCUGAUCUAAAAUUCAUAAAAUAGAUCAAAUUUCUUAAUAUAAUCCUUUUAUUGAAGAAUUUAAUUUUUCCUUUAUAUAAGCUAUUGGAACACAAUUGCUUCUUGAACUGAAUAUAUGGAUCUCUAAUCUUGUCAAAAAAUUUAGGGGUGGCCUGAUUAUCUACUGAUAACAACAGCUAAGUGUUGAGGUGGAGUCCAUGCUAUAGAAUUCGUUUCAGUGGGCAAAGCUUGACAAGUUUAGGGACCCAAAAGGCAUACCAGCUUUGCCACGGAAUAGUUACACUUUGGCUUGGUCAGGAAGAGGCUGGAUUUGAAGAAAAUAAUCAUCUGAUCUGUCCAAAGUCUAUGUUUGUACAUUGUUAAUGUAUACUAGAGCCCAUGUUUAAAGUGGCUGCAUCCAUCCUCUCUAUAAACACACACACACAUUUCACAAAUGAGCCAUGUGAACACACAUAAGCAGAUAGAGCUGCUCAGAUGCUUAGUUUGCAAAGAGCAGGUCUAUGGGAACCCAACCAGAGGAAGAAAUAGAACACAUACAGAUUAUUUCACCCGCUUUGUAAACUGUUUGUAGAGGAACACCUUGGAAGGAUUUAUUGUCUGGGGGCAGUAGUGAUCUAGGGCUUAAUUCCCCAAAUCUGAGAACAGAAAUUUCACCAUGUGACUGUGGUAGUAGAAAGGCUCCCCUAUUUCCACCUUCCCCAGCCCCAUCCCAAUCUGGAAGGCCUCUGGACAGAAUCUACUCCUCCAGUCCCACCGUGCUUCCCAUUGGGCUAGAGUCAUUCUAGCACAUGUGGAUUCUCUGGAUCUUGAACUCUGUUGCCAAGUCUUGCACUAAAGAUUAGAAACUAGUUUCCUUUCUCUGCUUCAUCUCUCUGUAGGUGUUGUGGAAGGACCCGACGACUAUUGUAGGAAGAGUCAUAACCUAGGAGUCAGGAGACCUGGAUCCGCCGUGGGCUUGCUGUAUUGUCCUGGGAUCCGCCAUGGGCUUACUGUGUUGUCCUGGGAAAGUCACUUAACAUGUCUGAGACACCUGCCUCAUCUUACAGUUAAAGGCCUGGAGGAGAUCAGUGCUUCCUGAGUGCUAGUCCUGGUCUGGGGAACUUUGAGGAAUAUAAGUUCCUGGGCCUCACCCCCCAAGAGCAUCGCAUUUGGAGGUCCGGGCUAGUGUUCCACAGUCAAGUGCUUCAACAGAGGAUUCUUAGGCACAGCGUUAUUUGCGAAGCACUGGACUAGAUUAGCUCUGAAGGCCUUUCCAGCUCUCUAAUUCUGUUCUGUUUAAAGUGUGUACAGGUUUUAAUGAAAGGAAAAUGGUAUCAGAACAUAAUGGCCCAGUGACAGGAGAAGGCAGAAUGGGUUUUUUUCACUCUGACUUUUGACUGUUGUGUCAUUUCAGACGGUCAUAUAUUGUGCUUAACCUUCCUGAGUGGGUGUCAGAGGGCAAACGCUCAUGGCGAGGGUCGCCCUUGGUAUGUCAGCACCCUAGUUGAGUGAGGGUCCCGCUAGCUUGUGACUUUGUGAAAACACGCAGCUACCCUCAUGGUAAUUCUGCUUCCAUCAUGUGAUUCUGCACUGGCAGAAACCCCACGAAGCAACAUUAAGAAUAUUAUUCGCAUUGGAUUAAUGGAAUAAGGCAAAAAGACUGGCACUAGGAGGAGGGGUUUCCCUCUAGAAGGUGGAAAGGAACGUUGACUGUGGCCUGGAGCUGGAUUUAUUGCUGGUUGAAGCUGAAGACCUCUCUUGAGGUCUCUCCCGUGAGAUCUGAAAUACUGAAGAACUUGGAAUUAUUAUCUGAGUUUCUUCUGCUCUACAUAAGAUAUAUGUAGAUAUCCUUAGAGCUGUUCGCGGUGCUCCUGCAAGGUGAUAUUAAUAUACGAGGACUGUUGGCAGGUGAAUUCUUUUAGAUACCGCAGGUAUGUCCUUCCUCUUGCUCUGGAUAUUAAUCUGGUUUUUGAAUAUGCAUUCACCUCUCAGGCUGACAUAAGCCUGAGUUCCUGGUAGCUACUGUUUCUAUACCCGAUCCCCUGUCUAUAUGGAGCCCUAAGCUCUUGAGGCUAAUCACUUAAAUACAUCUUCCCUAAUCUUCUUUACCGGGUGGUGAAGAAGAAAAAAACAAGAAGGAGCCGGGAGAGUUGAAGGGAAAGCAUAACCUCUUGGGCUCCUGGUGUCCGUUUCUCCGUUAUUUGCAAUCCAUGCCAAGAUGCCAUCCUUCCUCGGUUUAAAGUGUCUGGGGAAACUGUGCAGCUCUGAGAAAAGCAGAGUGUCCUCUUGUGAGAGAGCCAGCCCGACGGGCUCGUACAGAAGAAGGCUGGUCGUGGAGGAUGUGAGCAUCACUGGGACCCCCCUACCUGCUCACAGGCAGGCCACCAUCACCCACUUGUUGUAUCUGCAUCCUGAGGCCUACUGCACCCUGGAGCACUUGUUUAGCUGCUUGGAUCCUCCCGUGGCCCACCCUCAGGACCCCCACCACCCAUCGGAGAAGCCUGUCAUUCACUGCCAUAAAUGUGGGGAGCCGUGCAAGGGUGAAGUACUUCGGGUCCAGACCAAACAUUUCCACAUCAAAUGUUUCACCUGCAAAGUGUGUGGCUGUGACCUGGCACAAGGGGGCUUCUUCAUAAAGAACGGGGAGUAUCUCUGCACCCUGGACUACCAGAGGAUGUACGGGACACGCUGCCACGGCUGUGGGGAGUUCGUGGAAGGAGAGGUGGUGACUGCCCUGGGCAAGACUUAUCAUCCCAACUGCUUUGCCUGCACCAUCUGCAAGCGCCCGUUUCCACCCGGAGACCGAGUCACGUUCAAUGGGAGAGACUGCCUUUGCCAACUGUGCUCACAGCCGAUGUCGUCCAGCCCUAAAGAAGCCGCCUGCUCCAGCAACUGUGCCGGCUGCGGAAGGGACAUCAAGAACGGGCAGGCCCUCCUGGCCCUGGACAAGCAGUGGCAUUUGGGAUGUUUCAAGUGCAAGUCCUGCGGAAAGGUCCUCACCGGGGAGUACAUCAGCAAGGACGGCGCCCCGUACUGUGAAAAGGACUACCAGGGGCUCUUCGGGGUGAAAUGCGAAGCCUGUCACCAGUUUAUCACAGGGAAAGUCCUGGAGGCAGGUGACAAACAUUACCACCCCAGCUGUGCACGAUGCAGCAGAUGCAAUCAGAUGUUCACAGAAGGAGAGGAAAUGUAUCUUCAAGGUUCCACCGUUUGGCAUCCCGACUGUAAGCAAUCUACCAAGACUGAGGAAAAGCUGCGGCUGUCAAACACGCAUCGUUCUUCAUCCGAUUUCUUUUAUCCCAAAAGUCUGGUUCGACGCACAGGACGGUCUCCGUCUCUGCAGCCUACCAGGACUUCCUCUGAAAGCAUUUAUUCUAGACCAGGCUCCAGUAUCCCUGGUUCCCCAGGUCAUACUAUCUAUGCAAAAGUGGACAACGAAAUCCUGGAUUAUAAGGAUUUAGCAGCCAUUCCCAAGGUCAAGGCAAUUUAUGAUAUUGAACGUCCAGAUCUUAUUACCUAUGAGCCUUUCUACACUUCAGGCUAUGAUGACAAACAGGAGAGGCAGAGCCUGGGAGAGUCUCCAAGGACUUUGUCUCCUACUCCAUCAGCAGAAGGCUACCAGGACUCUCGGGACCGGGUGAUCCAUCGAUCCACCAGCCAGGGCUCCAUCAGCUCCCCCGUCUAUAGCCGUCACAGCUACACUCCGACCACAUCUCGCUCUCCCCAGCAUUUUCACAGACCUGGCAAUGAGCCGUCCAGCGGCCGGAACUCCCCUCUCCCUUACCGGCCAGACAGUCGUCCUCUCACUCCAACCUAUGCCCAGGCCCCUAAACAUUUCCAUGUUCCAGAUCAAGGGAUCAACAUUUACCGAAAACCACCCAUCUACAAACAGCAUGAUGCAGCUGCCUUGGCAGCCCAGAGCAAGUCUUCAGAAGAUAUCAUCAAGUUUUCCAAGUUCCCAGCAGCCCAGGCUCCAGACCCCAGCGAGAUACCAAAGAUUGAGACGGACCACUGGCCCGGUCCCCCCUCACUUGCUGCCGUAGGAGCCGACAUGAGACGCAGAUCUAGCGGCAGAGAGGAAGAUGAGGAGGAGCUUCUGAGGCGCCGUCAGCUGCAAGAAGAGCAAUUAAUGAAGCUCAACUCAGGCCUGGGGCAGUUGAUAUUGAAAGAGGAGAUGGAGAAGGAGAGCCGGGAGAGGUCGUCCCUGACAGCCAGUCGCUAUGAUUCUCCCAUCAACUCAGCUUCACAUGUUCUAUCAUCUAAAACCUCAUCUCUCCCAGGCUAUGGAAAAAAUGGGCUUCAUCGGCCUGUUUCUACAGACUUUGCUCAGUACAACAGCUACGGGGAUGUCAGUGGGGGAGUGCGAGACUACCAGACUCUCCCAGAUGGCCACAUGUCUGGGACGAGAAUGGAUCGAGGGGUGUCCAUGCCCAACAUGUUGGAACCAAAGAUAUUUCCAUAUGAAAUGCUGAUGGUGACCAACAGAGGGCGCAACAAAAUCCUAAGAGAUGUGGACAGAACCAGGCUGGAGCGCCACUUAGCCCCAGAAGUGUUUCGGGAAAUCUUUGGAAUGUCCAUACAGGAAUUUGACAAGUUACCUCUUUGGAGACGCAACGACAUGAAGAAGAAAGCGAAACUCUUCUAAGCCCGCCCCCCACAUACCCCGCUGUGUAGACAGCAGUUAGGAAAAAGACUGAUGUGGCGGCGACACAUAGGAUGUUGUGUUAAGGCCCAAACUUGAUUGGAGAAUUUGCAAACUACUGUCCCUCAGCAACAACAAAAUGGGAAACCUGAUUAAAACACCCAUAAGCCAAAUAUUGGGCCAACCACUGGCAACACUUGCCAAGAAGUAACGGGGUUGAAAUUUCUGUGUCCCCACUCGACAGUAGUGUUCACAUGUGACCUUUUGACAUCACCCUAUGUACAACAGGAGCUACUUCUUUCAUUUCCUUUCUUGUCUAACCAGAGUGCUGACUGUAUGGGUAGGAGCCAGCAAGUGCCCUUAGGAUGCCACGUGGAAAAAAGCAGUUGUAAUCAUUCCAAAGUAGGAAUAUAUUUAUUAUGUAGCACCGUGGCUAAGAAGGAAGAGCCUGAGGGACAUAUCCAUGUGGUCGCGCCACUUUGCACACCCCUGUCCUCACUGGCCCCAUGAAGCCCGGCCUGGGCCCCAGCAGGAUAGAAGUCAGAGUCAGGGAACUGAGCAGCUCUGAGUGAGUGGGCUGAAUAGCAGCCAAGGUCAUUUUUAACAAGCUCCUUUUUCUCUACUCUUUGCUAGGACCUGGUUGGCAAAUUACUUAGCUAUUACUUAAAAAAAAAAGAGAGAGAGAGGGAAAAGGAAUGAAAGGAGUAUCUCCCUUAAUCCUUUUUCUGCGGUAAAUUGUACGCUUCAUUCUGCCUCCCCACCACUGCAGGCCCCCACUGCAAAGAAAGGAAAGGGAGAAAUGAUCUCCAUUUGUGUGCUUUUAGAUGAUUUUUGUCCCAGGGCCACAGCACUCUUGGCAAGAAAAAAAAAAAAAAAGGAAGGGAGGAAAAGAAAGAAAGAGAGAAAGAAAAAGAAAAAUUCUGUGUCCCGCCAAUGCAAGUUCUUCUACCCUGCAUCCUCUGCUUCUCAUCCAGUGUCCUCUGAAUCUGAUCAAGCCCACAUGGAUUUUGGAUUUUUUUUUUUUUUUUUGAGGUCUUUUCAGUAGUAGCCUAAGGAAAGGCACGCUUUGCUCUUGGAAAUCUCUGCAACUCCAGGGUAUAUUGCCUCAGAUUGGUUUAAUUUGGCCUUUUCAGCUUUCCUUCUUGCCUAGCUCUGUUGACUUCACGGUGUGCGUGUGUAAGUGUGUGUAAGUGAACGCACCCAGCGUAGUUUGGGGAGUCCGCAUGUUCUUUUAUAUUUCACCUCUGCUUGAAUGUUUGUCCCACGGUGCUGCAGCUUCUGAGGGACGUUUGCACACGUGCGCAUGACUCAGAGGUCAGGGUUGAGGCCACACCGCACCCGACGGCAUCCUUCGUGGAAGGGUGUCCGUGUCAGGAGCCGGCAUCCCCCGUGAUUCAGGUUCUCAGGUCAGCAGCACGUGAAGAGCCCAGACGUCAGAUCAGGCUGUACAUGGACGCUGGAGUGUCACACCGGAGUCCGAAAAUUCAGCAACACCAGAUUGGAAGGGGAGCCUAGGAUUUCACCGAAACUCGCGUGGGAGACCCCAUCGUGAUUCCCAGACGCCUCUGGCCGUGACCCCAAUGAGCGAUGAGGUGGACGAGGGAGGGUAUCUCCAUCCAGCUCCACACAGGGGUGGUUUUCACAUUUAUUCUCGUGCUUUGGGGGCUCUGCCUAGGAAUUUAAACUCUGUUUUAAAGCCAGAGGGAAAUCGUGUGAAUUCUCUUCAUAUGCCGCUUCUAAUUAAAGCUCAGAAAUGCUUCCUGCUGCCACCACGUACUCGAAUUCGUUAGUAGCCAAUCUCCAUGGUAAAAAGCAAGUAAAAAUCGUUCUGGAGCCUCUGCUGCAGAUCUCUAACUUGGGACCCACUCUGUCACCCGGCUGAUAUGAUGGGCUCUCUGAGGGCUUUGUGCCUCUCCUGUGCUCUUCUCGAAGGGCUUGGAAAUGGCCUGUCCUUCCAGUGCUGCACACUGGAUGUUUGAGGACCGUUCUCACAAAUACAAGCAUGCAUGUGUGCACGCACGUGUGCACGCGUGGAUGUGUGUGUGUGGAUGUGUGUUCACAUCUAACGAAAGCUAUUAGCACAUAAAAAUUCCAGUUGUUAAUGCAGUCCAAGGCACAGGAUUAUUACUAACAUAUUUUGCAAAUGAUCCUGAUGGAGCAGACGUGAGACGACCAGCUCCUCCUCAGGCUGAAGCCCCCAGAUUGCAGCUUGCAGUUCGGUGCCUUCAGUGGCCUCUUGCUUUAAUUCAGUAUUUCUGCUGUUCCGUCUUCGCUCUGAUCUCUCUGGCAGCGGCAGCCUCAGUAUAAUGCCUGCGUAUCCUAGUCCUUGCUUUGCUCUGGCAAAGUGUGAGGAGUGGGGACCAUGGUGCAUUCCCAGUCAUCAACAACGAGGAUGGCCAGAUGGGUCCCAGUGCUAGGCUGGUGGAGAGAAUUUGUUCAUUACAGGGAUCAUAAAGGACCCUCAGUGUUGUCGUUGGUUAAUGAGUUAUGAUCCAUGCACAUGCCGAGCAAACGUCAGUGUGAGAAAAAUUGCAAUGAUAGUUAAAGAUCUGAACCCAAAACCUGCUCCCACCGGCGAAACUCUACUUUUCUCAUCUCUUUUGAAUUCAGUUCUGCAUCCAACUUGGGGGUGGGGGAUGGGAAGCUUCUUUCCAUAUCAAGUUUAUUAGCUUGUUUAAAACUAUACCGUGCAAAAAAAAAAAAAAAAAAAAAAAUGCAUUACCGGAAAAUGUCAGUAGCCUCCUGUAGCAAGCAGCACGGUGCUAUGCUCUGGGGAGGGGUCGUGGGAAACCAUAAUGUGGACUGGGUUCCCCGGCUCCACUCCCAGCAGAAGGCUCCAGCUGGAGGGAUGGGCCAUGGGGCAACCUGGUUCUCCCAACUGCCAAAUCUAAUAUAUGGCUACGAUGGCCUAUCCAUUUUUUUUUCUUUAAACUGGACUCAGCAUGCUUGUCCUCAAAAUAUCCAGGCCACUGUGCAGGAGAUCGGGGUUCUCUGCUUGAACCCCACUCUGCACUGCACAUAAAAAUUCCAGUUGUUAAUGCAGUCCAAGGCACAGGAUUAUUCACUCUAAGGGAGGACUUCUACACAUGGCAAACUUUCCUGGUCCAUACCCCAAGGGCUAUAUUUUUGAGCACUGGGCUUAUUUGCGAUUCUUUAAACACACAACACCUGCACGAAGCGAAAGAGGCCUCUGACAACGUGAAAGUCGGUGCUUCCUUUAAAGUUUCUCCCAGAAGAGCCAGGAUACCAUUUAUUCUUCCCGUGUGGUUUAAGAUGAGACCUAAAGAGCAUUUGAGAACUUGGAGGGCCAACCAUGCACCUAUAUUUCGGUUUGCGUUAGUUAUGAAAUGUCCUUAAUGUGACUUCUUUGGUAACUAAAGAUAAACUGCCUGUUCUCUGAAACCUCCAACAGAAAAGCCAGGGUUAAUGGGUCAUACGGUGCACAUUCCCUCUGCCACUCUCAUCCUCUCAAUCCGGUGAUGGCCGUCAACUCUACUUCGAGAAGUUUUGCUGGAAAUGUUUAUAAAACUUUCCCCUAAUUUCUUUACACUUUAAAGCAAACACCUUUUUCUAAAGAAUUGCUUCUCAGAUGAUUAUAUACAAUAUAUAUGCUUUUGCAAGUUAAAAAAAAAAAUGGAAUUAACCACUUUUGACUAGGUAGGUCUUUCUAAAAAUUCUUUCAAAAAGCUUGGUGUUCGUGUUCUGUGCAUUGAAGGGGCAGGCGAGCCCUCUCUCUGACUGUCAGGAAAGAUGGUGGAAGGAAGUGAACUCUAUGUAACACCCCCGCCCCCAUGUUGUCUGAGGCAAGCUCAGUUGUUACAAAUCACCUCUUCUGUAUUACUGGUCACUGUUUAAUCUACACUUCCUAGGCCAGCCUUGACCUGACUUGAUCUUUAAAAUUAUUUUCUUUUGACAAACCAAGUGUUUGUGAGUAAACCCUACAACUCACUCAUUAGUACUCCCUUUUGAAGAAUGU